AUGUCAUCUGCACAGCACGGGUGCCCUCUGGUGGCGGAGAGGGCGCGGUGCUGCUGCUUACUGCUUCCGGGUGACAGUGAUGGCGCAGGGAGCCGCCGGGAGUGUGCUGGCGAAGGAGCAGAAAUAUGACAGACAGCUCAGGUUAUGGGGUGACCAUGGUCAGGAAGCCCUGGAAUCAGCUCACGUGUGCCUGAUAAAUGCCACAGCCACUGGUACAGAGACCCUAAAGAACUUAGUGCUGCCUGGUAUUGGCUCCUUCACUAUUGUGGACGGUAAUGUAGUCAGCGCGGAGGAUGUCGGCAACAACUUUUUCCUCGAGAGAAGAAGUAUCGGGAAGAAUCGGGCCCAAUCCACCAUGGAGCUUUUGCAAGAACUAAAUGAAGACGUCACAGGACACUUCAUUCCUGAGAACCCAGACAAGCUUCUAGAUAAUGAUCCAUCUUUCUUCUGCAAGUUCACUUUAGUGAUCGCCACUCAGCUGCCAGAGAGCUCUUUGCUGCACUUGGCUGAAUCCCUCUGGAACUAUAAUAUUCCUCUGUUGAUUUGCCGGACUUAUGGUUUUAUUGGCUACAUGAGAAUUAUUGUAAAGGAACAUACGAUUAUAGAAUCCCAUCCUGAUAAUGCGUUAGAGGAUCUGAGACUGGACCAGCCAUUCUUUGAACUGAAGGAUCAUCUCCAACUCUAUGACCUGGAUCACAUGGACCGAAAGGAUCACAGUCACACUCCAUGGAUUGUUGUGGUUGCCAAAUACUUAGAGAAAUGGCGCCGGGAGAAUGCAGGACAGAUGCCAAAAAGUUACAGAGAAAAAGAAAUGUUCCGAGAUCUGAUCAGGAAAGGCAUCCUGAAGAAUGAGAAUGGAAUCCCUGAAGAUGAGGAGAACUUUGAGGAGGCUGUGAAGAAUGUGAACACUGCUUUAAACACUACAAAGCUUCCCAGUAGCGUGGAAGAUAUUUUCAAUGACGAAUGCUGCACAAAUAUUUGUCAACAGUCUUCCCCGUUCUGGAUUUUGGCGCGAGCGGUUAAGAAUUUUACAGAAGGUGAAGGGAAAGGAAAUUUGCCGCUGCGAGGAACAAUUCCAGAUAUGUUUUCAGACUCUGCUAAAUUCAUUAAAUUACAGAAUGUGUACCAGGAGAAAGCUAAAAAUGAUGCAGCAGCUGUUAAAAACUAUGUCUCCAAACUCCUGCAGUCUAUAGGCAGACCCCCAGAAAGCAUAUCAGAAAGAGACAUCCGCCUGUUCUGUAGAAAUAGUGCUUUCCUCCAAGUUGUGCGGUGCAGAUCGUUGGCAGAAGAAUAUGGUUUGGAUACUGCUAAAAAGAAAGACAUUGUGUCUCUCAUGGAGAAUCCAGACAAUGAAAUUGUCUUUUAUCUGAUGCUGAGAGCUGUGGACAGAUUUCACAAAAAGCAUGGGAGAUAUCCAGGCGUCUAUGACAACCAAAUCGAGGGGGAUUUGGAGAAACUGGAGACAUGUCUGAAUGAUUUCCUCCAGGAAUACGGCUUGUCAUUCAGUGUGAAGGAGGAUUAUAUCCAGGAAUUCUGUCGAUACGGAGCUGCUGAGCCCCAUACCAUCGCUUCAUUGUUAGCAGGAGCUGCUGCCCAGGAGGCUAUAAAGAUAAUAACAAAACAGUUUGUUACAUUUAAUAACACGUUCAUCUACAACGCCAUGUUACAGACCUCUGCGACCUUCCAGCUGUAGGCCUAUCAUAUAAGUUGUACUUGUAGCAUUUGUGUUCAUCUCUGUACUGUACAUUAGCAUUGUUGUCUGUAUUUAGAAGUUGUUAAUAAACAUGAUUGAGUUCUGCAAUACCACAUCUUCCCAAUAAAACAGUUGACAAUU